AUGGUAUCCCUCGAGCAUCACACAUUCGCCAUGUUGCCCAGACACAUGAGCGAGGAGCAGGAGCACCUAAGCUCCAUUUACCCUGACCCACCGCAAGGCGCCUUUUCUGCUGCCGGCAUGGACCUGGGCCUUACUUCUGACGUCUACUUCCCACGCCUCGGCCAAGAAUUUCCCCCUACCAUGAACGGCUUCGACCAUCACAUGCCAUAUGCCGCCGAAGGCGCCGCUGGCUGGACAUAUGGUGGUCGCAUGUCACCGCCCAUCUUCCAGGAAGACCGAGAGUUGGGAAUCCCCUCAAACAUGUCGACCGCUUCCGCCCCAUCAGCACCCUCCUCAGCAGUCGGCUCACCGCAAUCGACCCAUGGCCAACCGGCACCAGUACCCGAGUGGGCUGGCCCUCAGGGCGUUGCCCUGAGCCCCGGCAUUGUCGGCUCUCACGAGUACUUCACCGGAUCCGAGUACAACAGCUACGCACCACAAGGUAUGGAGGAUCUCGCACCUUUUGCAUUUGCAGACACUUCAAAGCCACCCGGAUUUGUUGACCCAAGCUUGAUCCACCACGAGAUCAGCCGGCCGCUCAUGCCACCUUACGACGCUGGUUUCCAGCAAAACUCAUCCGCGUACCCCAACUCGCCCGCUCUCACUGCGUCAUCACCACACCUGAGGACAGGUAGCCAAAGCCCGUUUAUGCCACAGAAUGCUGGGUACCACUAUUCCCCUUACCAAGCACCAAUCGACCAGGGCCGACGGCCCAGUCUUGUUUCGUACCAAUCCGGCCAUUCUGGAGCGUUCAGCGACAGUGACUCCAAGGAGAAACAACGAUGCCCGCAUCCCGACUGCGGGAAGACCUUCAAGGACCUCAAGGCCCACAUGUUGACUCACCAGACGGAGCGCCCUGAAAAGUGCCCCAUCACGACAUGCGAGUACCACAUUAAGGGCUUUGCCAGGAAAUACGACAAGAACCGCCACACACUCACCCAUUACAAAGGCACCAUGGUGUGUGGUUUCUGCCCAGGAUCCGGCUCCGCAGCGGAGAAGUCCUUUAACAGGGCAGAUGUGUUCAAGAGGCACUUGACGGCGGUGCACGGCGUAGAGCAGACGCCGCCCAACAGCCGCAAGAACAAGAACGGUAGCUCUACUUCAGCGUCCACGGGCAAGAAACCGGGGCCGGGCUACGCACCCGAUGCCACCGGUAAGUGUUCGACAUGUUCGCAGACAUUCAGCAACGCACAGGACUUCUACGAGCAUUUGGACGAUUGUGUGCUGCGCAUUGUCCAGCAAGAAGACCCCGCAGAGGCGGUCAACGCGAGGAGGCUCGCGGAGGUUGAGAACGACCGGGAGGUGCACGCCACCCUGGAGAAGAACAACCUGCCGACCACGACUCAAACGAUGAUGACGGAUGAUGAGGACGACGAGGAGAUGAUGGAAGAAGAGGAGGGCCAGUUCCUCGAUGAGCAAAACCUGAUGGCGCUUGGCGUCAAGACCUCAGCAUCGCCCACCAAGAAGUCCAAGGGCAACCCAGCCAAUGGCGUGCAAAAGUCUCGGGGCCUCACACAUUCUCGUGGUGGUGUCUCGAUUUCAAAAUCCAAUGCCAGCAACCGGGCGCGCAAGCACCGCCGGGAGUACCCAUCAUCGUGGGGUUUCGACAAGGGCCAGAUGACGAUGAAGAAGCGGGUGAUGGCCGUCUUUGACGGGCCCCGCCGACUGGCCAAGGAUGACAUGAUGCUCUCCACCGAGCGCGAAGUCCGCGUGCCAUUGGCAGAUGGAAAGUCCUACGUCACCGACCUGGACGUCCAGACCAUGAAGAGGGCCGAGGGUUUCCUGAAUGCCACCGAGGAGGAGAAGGGUAUCUGGAUCUCAGACGACCCAACGGAAGACGACAUCAAGGCUAUGCUGGAUGCUCAGAUGCAAUGA